AUGAACCUAGUACAAGACGGGAAAUACCAGUCGCUGAUGGAUGGACGUCUUCUCGUCCACGACGUAGAGGCCGCCGAUUCGUACGCCACCUACAAAUGCCGGGUACUGCAUACCCUGACAGCUGCCACCGCCACUUCCAACACUGCCCGGAUCAUAGUUCACGAUCCGAGAGAGAGGGUCACUCCCCGGAUGGUGACCAAAUCCAGCACCGUGCAGCUGUCAGAUGCCAGCCCAUUGGUCCUGCCCUGCGUGGCGCAUGCACACCCGCCUCCCCAGUACAGGUGGUGGCAGGAGCGAGGGGGGGAGAAAAUCCCCCUUUCCACCACAUCCGGAAGCGUGAACAGAGGAGCCGAUGUGGGCGUCGGCAGAUCGAGAGGUCGCGAAGGCGUCCUGUUGCUCGACGGACUAAGCCACAACGCCGAAGACGAAGCCAUCAAGAUCGUUUGCGAGGCUUCGAACGAGGCCGGCCGCGCCACAAUGGAGGUCCGCGUCGAAAGGGCCACGCCAGUCACGGCUCACAUCGCUCCCAGGGUGCUCGUCGUUGACGCCGGGGGUGUCGGCGUUCUGAAGUGUCAGGUGCCAGGGACGCGACCCCACUCCAUCACCUGGUACAAGGAUGGUCACGUUGUCACCCCGGCUGGAAACAUUGCCGUGUCAGAUGGCGGGUCGACUCUGGAGGUCCGCGGUGUGAGUAGGUCAGAUGCCGGAAUGUACCAGUGCUUUGUCCGCGGAGGUCAGGACACAGUCCAGGAUGCUGCCGAGUUGAGGCUGGGUGAGGAUCAAGCCCAGCGGAGUGGCUUGAUCAAAGUUAAACACCUUACAUCUCCGGAGAAGGUUGAGAAUGGGCCCGUGACAAGGCAUCAGCAAAUACGUUGUCACUGCCCUUGA